GCGACGGUCACCCAGCAACGUCAGAGGCAGCUGCUUUCACCCCGAUUUCUUAGACGGUUUAUUGCUCCGCCGCCGUUUCCACCUCGAGCUCGGCAACACCACAACACCUCAACACACGACACGCGACUUGUGAGCCACGACGACAAGUAUCAUGCCGUACAUGAGGGAGUCAACCGUGAAAGCGGCGGGGCUCUCUUGGGAUAGUUUCCCAGCGCCCACGCCCGAGGCUGCAACCUGGCAGCCCGAUCCAGAGAGCGUGCCCGGGACGGGCAGGCUGCCAGACCCGCGGUUUGACAGAUACCUCCCUACUGACCGACAGAGGCAGGCGCUCAAGCGUGAGAGGCUUCUUACCGAUGGGCUUACUGGAAGCGUCAGUAAUGGCUCGCUCACAACGGCUAACUCCACACGUGUGGGUAACUGGCCGGCACCUAUGCCGCGCGCGCACUACUUGCCUCGUGCUUCUGCACCAGGUCCCAGUAUUGAACAGUCUACAUCUACGACGCCCAGUACGCCUCCUCCAGCCAACGAAUCACUCCAGACUUCCCGAGUGGUAUCGAAAAUAGCAGCAAUGCCAGAUCUUAAGGUCGGCUCAAGUAUCCAGCGUGCUAAUCAAAUCACUGAGACCACCCCUCCAGUCAACAAACCACUCCAGACGUCCCAAAUGGUAUCGGAAACAGCAGCAAUGCCAGAUCUCAAGACCGGAUCAAGUGUUAAGCUUGCUAAUCAGAUCAAUGAGAAGAUAUCACGGUUCCAGGCUCCCCUUGACCGGCCCGUAUCGCGCCCAGCAACCUCGACGUCGCGAGAUUCUGAGUCCACAGGAACGACGUCUGUUCCUUCCUGGGCUCUCCCGCUAGCACAUCUUCUAGAAGACUCACCUCCAAAGGUUUCUUUACCAAGCCACCGUCGAGAUAAACCUGUUACGUUGACCUCGAUGUCGACACCGCCUCAUCUUCGCGACCAAGUGCAUGCGGUGAAUAUCAUAGCAGCAAAGACUAUGGAAGACUCAGACCAAGAGCAUUCCAUUGGCAUAGCUCAUGACAGCUCAUCAAGCCCUGAGGAUGGCACUCGGCCCACCCAGAUGGCGAAGGACGUCAAGACACACCUGACCUUGCUCGAGAGCUUGAUCCCAGAAAAGCCUAUUCGCACGUCACAGAGUCACCAACGCUUCCUCCACACCAAACUCAUAAACUUCAUGGAAGACGAGAUGGACAUGCACAAGCGCACAACGCGCCGCGAGCUGCAAAAACUGAGCGAUGAGGAGUUUGCAAGCUUCUUUAACGAGAUCGUGUCCAAGCAUGAGUCUGUUUGGGCUCUUCAGCAGAAGCAUGGGCAGGAUUGAAAAGAUGCUUCCAGAGACACCUCGAGCCAUCUUUCAGCAGAGAGGAGUAGUACUUCAUACAGAUGACUGGCUCAACUACAGCUAGCGUCUAACCCCACCCUUCCAUUUGAGUUGUCCAAUCUCAAUCUGCGCUCGUCUACACUCUGGAAGCAUGUUCACUGAAGCGUGGACUACAUCCAGAUGAAAGUGUGUCGGUGCGGUCCAGCUUUGUUACGCUGCCUGUGCGCUACAAGCGUUUCAAAGGCACAAAUUGCUGACUGGCUGGAAUUGAUUUGAUUUUAAAAAUUUGAUUCUUUGGGGCAAAAGCAGCGCUGGAUACUUCACAGAACAGAACAAAGAUAUGGUUUCACGCGCUCUUUGUUCCCAUUUCGUCUAGCUUUGAGAACUUAUAAACGCCAAUGCGAAACAACCAUUCAUGC